AUGAUUCGAUUUUUGCAUUCUCUUACGUUAAUUAGUUUUUUAAUUUCCAGUUUUUUUAUUUGUAAUUCAAAUGGUAAACGACCAAAUAUUAUUUUUAUUCUAGCUGAUGAUCUGGGUUGGAAUGAUGUCGGUUUUCACGGUUCAUCUCAAAUUCCUACGCCUAAUAUAGAUGCCCUUGCAUAUUCUGGUGUAAUUUUGCAUAACUACUAUGUCCAGCCAUUAUGUACACCAUCCAGAACUGCGUUUAUGACUGGAAAAUAUCCUAUUCGCACAGGUAUGCAACAUGAUGUUCUAUAUGCAGGUGAAGCACGUGGUCUACCGUUAAGUGAACGAUUGUUCCCACAAUAUCUUAAGGAUUUGGGAUACACUAAUCGUAUGCUUGGAAAGUGGCAUUUAGGACAUUACAAAAAGGAGUACACUCCUUUGUACAGGGGUUUCGAUUCUCAUAUAGGAGCAUGGGCAGGACAUCAUGAUUACUACGACCACACCGUUAGCGAAAAUUCCUGGUUCGGAUUAGAUAUGCGCAGAGGUUUGGAAGCUGCAUGGGAUUUGCACGGGCAGUAUACUACCGAUGUAUAUUCCAAAGAAGGUGUAAAAAUUGUAGAAAAUCACAAUUCUUCCGAACCACUAUUUUUAUAUGUAGCUCAUACCGCAGUACAUUCUUCCAAUUCCUACAGUCCUUUACCAGCACCUGAUAAUGUAGUCGAUAGUUUCAACGGCAUCGAAAAUUAUCAAAGGAGAAGAUUUGCAGCGAUUUUAACAAAAAUGGACGAUGCAAUUGGCGAGCUGGUGGAAGCAUUAUCUAAGAAAGACAUGCUGAAAGAUAGUAUAAUUAUCUUCUCAACAGAUAAUGGUGGUGCUCCAGCUGGAUUUAAUUUAAAUGCUGCCUCCAAUUGGCCACUCAGAGGGGUAAAAUACACGUUGUUUGAAGGUGCCGUAAGAGGCGCCGGAUUAAUUUGGUCACCUCUAAUUAAAAAACCUCAAAGAGUAAGUAAUCAAAGAAUACAUAUCAGUGACUGGAUGCCGACGCUAUUUUCCGCUAUUGGAGCUAAUAUAUCAAUAAAUAAUUUGGAUGGCAUGGAUUUAUGGAUAAGUUUGUCUGAAGAUGCACCAUCGCCAAGAAGUGAGAUUUUAUUAAAUUUGGAUGAUAGGUAUAAACAAGCAGCUGUCAUCGAUGGAAGAUAUAAACUAAUGCAAGGAGACAUUUUCAAUGGAGGAUGGAAUGGUUGGUAUGGACCGUCUGGGCGCAAUAUUACAUAUAACAUGGACAAAAUCUUAGCAAGUAAAACUAGAAAGGCUUUAGAGAAACUGGGAUAUGCUCCAACUCCAGAUCAAAUUACCUCCUUAAGAAAACAAGCUGAUAUCGACUGUCCUGAAAUUAAACCAUCAACUGAAUGCAAUUUGAAAACGGGUCCUUGUGUAUUUGAUCUUGUUGCUGAUCCAUGCGAACAAAAUAACUUAGCUCAUAGUGAACCAGAAAUACUAGAAAAAUUACAAGAUUUACUGGCUACCUACAACUCUAGUUUUAUUAUGCCUCCAAGCAACCUACCAAUUGAUCCGAGAUCCAGGCCGAGUCUCUUUGAUCAUACCUGGUCAAACUUUGGGGAUCAUAACAUUACUUUGCCCUUGUAA